AUGGCUUCUGCACCGUCAACAGCAGCUGACCUUCCAGGUCCAGUAGGCGCCAACUCGAGCUUUCCCAUAUUGACAACAGGCCAAUUUCAGCCACAACUCCAGCGAUCCCACGAAACACAAACGAAUACACACGUUGGCUAUGAGGAUCUUACAUACUUGGCUUGCGCAGACAAAAGCUUUCUGGUGGUACGGCAAUUUGCAUCUUUGCAUGCUCGGAUUAUCUUGAAGUUACAGAACAGCCUUCAGAGUUUGGAAUUGCAACUUGAAGAAACUGAGGACGCCUCUCACCCAGCCGGAUCUGAUCCUGGAGUUUAUGAGAACAGAUCCUUUCUUCGAGAUUCGAACCCAGACCGAAUCAAGAUUCUGGAAAAAAUCCAAGUUGCCUUGAUUAGCUAUGAUAAUUUCAUCAAUGGUUAUCAUAAAUUGUCGGAUCGACCAGCUGUCACCUCAUCCGAUAUGUGCGGCAUCAAAGCUUUUUUAGAAGAUUAUCCGAAUGCCAUCUACGAUAAGGAAACGAGCUUUCUCGGCCAUAAGCGAGACUUGAUCACCGUUCGACCAGUAAUGACGAACUCCUUCCGAUUCAAAAUCAAGUACAUAGUCAACUGCAAGAAGUUUCUGUUCAAAAUCAGAGGCUUACUAUGUGGAGGAAGUGGUACGGAUCCGGAAGCCAAAUGUGCUGAGUUGAGAUGGGUCUACGACAAUAAAAUUCAGGAGAAAGUAACAGCCUUGGUGUCUAUGCUGGGACUAGCUUUGUUGAUCAUCCCUCUUUGGAUACUGGGAGUCAGCAUGGCCUCUUCAUCUACGAUGAACAAACUGAUACUCAUCACCGUACUUGUUGUGGUCUUCUACCUCUUAGUCGCCAUGGCGACGACAGCAAAACUGUUCGAGAGUUUUGCCUCAGCUGCAGGCAGGAUACGCGGCGGUGCUCAUGGUGUUCCUUCAAGCCACUUCCAGCACAACAAAAUGAUGAUGCUGUUCAAGCUCUGCACGUCGUAG